AUGGCCACCGCAUUCACGCCCUGCCAUGUGGGUAAGAACUGCCACCCCGAGUGUGGGGCCGCCAUUGUCAACCAGGUCAACUUGGAGCUGUAUGCCUCCUAUGUGUACAUGUCCAUGGCCUGCUACUUCGACCGUGAAGACGUGGCCUUGAAGCACUUCAACCUGUUCUUCCUUCGGCAGUCGAACAAGGAGAGGGAGCACGCGGAGCAUCUGUUGGGGCUACAGAACCAGCGUGCCUGCAAUCUCCACCUGCACAACAUCCCCAAGCCUGAGGAAGACAACUGGGGGAGUAGCCUGAGGGUCCUGGAGUGCGCCUUGCAUUUGGCGAAAAGAGUGCAGCAGAGCCUGCUGAGUCUGCACCAGGUGGCCACCGAAAAGCACGGCCACGUCUGCAACUUCCUCAAGCACCACUACGUACAAGAACAAGCGAUGUUCAUCCAAGAGUUGGGGGACCAUAUCACCAACCUGCACAAGCUGGCGGCACAGGAAGAGAGCCUGGCAGAGUCCCUCUCUGACAAGCUCAGUCUGGGCGACAGCAAGAACUGA